AUGAAGCUUUCUCCAGUCCUGAUCAGCCUGCUCCUCAGCGCUGUUAGCGCCUCUCCCGCCCGCACUGCCCUCCUCACCCGAACCGUUGGAUCCAAAUGCACGGCUCCCGAGGGCGAAGGAUCAUGCCAGCAGACAAGUGCCUGCAAAGGCAUCUCAUACUCUCAGGCUCUCUGCCCAAACGAUCCAGCCGACGUCCAAUGCUGCGUUGAACAUGAGUGCAGCACCGGUGCCGGCCAUGGGUUCUGCCGCAGCCUCUCAAACGGUUGUCCAGGCGGUCGUUUCGACAAGGGAUCCGGCCCAAAGUGGCCAUGCCCAGGCGGCGAUAACAUACAAUGCUGCAUCAAGAGAGAAGACGAUAACGACCCCCCACCCCCAGGGGACGGCAGUAUCGGCCAGAAGAUCCUCGAUAAGGCUCUGACUGCAGCGGGCGUACCGUAUGCUUGGGGAGGAGGCAGCUGCGAAGGCCCAACCCACGACAUGCCUCCCUGGCAGAACGGUGAGAUCGGGUACGACUGUUCCGGCCUCAUAGGCUGGGCUGUCUGCCAGGUCACCGGGCGAGAUUUGUUCAGCGAAGGCCUGCGAGUUACUAGAUCCAUGUACUGUGCUUCAGAGGAGAAGCUGCGCUAUAAGAAAUACCCCUUUGCUGAACGUAAGCCGGGAGAUGCCGUGUUCUUCGGCGGAAGCUGUGAUUGUGGAAACCCAGAUACCAUUCACCAUGUUGGCCUGAUGAUGUAUGUUCAUCCUAUAAGUCUUCAUCUUCGUCGUCUAUUCUCUUUUCAUUAUUUGCUGACUUCCUCUAGGGACUCUGGGGAUCGUAUGUGGAAUGCACCCAACGACGAUGUCAACCAGGUGCAGGAGAACAGCAUCUCAGGGUUCGGCGAGAAGCCUUGUCCAGACGUCGUUCGCUUUGAGUAA